AUGUCAAAUUUACCUUCAGAGCGUGCUGUUGGAAAAGUAUCAAAAGUUAGGUUUGCACCCUCUGUUGGAUACGAAGACACAACGCUAUUAUUUGCAAGUGGAACCUGGGAUGAGGAAGAGGAAAACGCUAUAUCUCUUUGGAAAGCGGAACAAAAACCACCGCCAUUACACAGGAUACUCAAUGCGUAUGAUACAAAAGUGGUUGGGGAAGUGAAGCAACCUGGUGAUAUUAACGAUUUGUGUUUUCUAUCAACAAAUUAUUUGGUGACGGCUUCCUCGCGUGGUACUAUCGACGCAUAUAAACUUGUUGAGCAGAUAGAAAGUCUGAAUGAGCAAGAAACAAGUGACGGCACUGACUUGUCAACCGAAAAAAUUAUCGAACUCGAAAAAAUCUCGAGUCAAACACUACACAAUUGGCCAAUAACAACAGCUGACAAUUAUUACAUCUCAGCCACGGGAUUGGCUAUUGAGCCUGAUAAUAACGAGGAUCUGGAAAUCGCGAGUGUGGGCGAAGAUGGCAAACUUGUGUUUUCUAGGAUUACUGAUACAAUGACUGAGAUAAUAGACGCGGAUACCGGUAUAAUAAACGGGCUAGUGUGGCCAACCUCUCAUGAAAUUGUCAUUGCUACCAGUGGCGGGAGGCUGAAAAAAUAUGAUCGAAGGAAUCCAAGGACGGCUGUUGCUGUUGCAAAGACAGAAGGCAAGGGGCUGGAUCGUCUGACUUGUUUAGCUGUAAACCCAAAUAAGAAGAUGCAACUUGCUUCUGGAAGCGCUAAUGGUGUCGUGUCGAUAUGGGACUCGCGAAAUUUAGUGGAACCAUUAAAUAAGUUCGAGCCACACAAAUUAUCAGUAUGGGAUAUCAUUUUUCAUCCGAAUCGACCAGAAACUGUAUUAAGUUGCUCUGAAGACGCAAGUAUAGCGAUACUGGAUUUAUCCAAGACAAGUUAUUUGAGAGAUCGAGAUGAGAUUCCAAGAUUACCAAAAAACUCCAAUUGUGCUCCACUGAAUUCGUUAGACUAUCACCCGUCGGCCAAGUUGCUCGUGAGUGGAAGUGACGAUGCUAAAUUAUUUUUUGAUAAAUUAAACGAUGAUUCAUAA